GUAAUAGAACUCUCUCAUUGAUUGUUGCUCGGUGAAGAAGCAGGGUUGGGUCCACGGAAUUUCAUACAGAGCCAGUUUUCUGCAACUGCGGCUGUACCACGCAUUUCUUUAGCUAUUUCAGAUAAACAGGAUAUCGAGGCGCAUGCAGCGCUUAUUUUUAACGAGUAGCUAGCUAGUAGGGAGGUUGAACCAAUUUUAAGCAGUGUCGGUGACCUAGCUAGCUCGUGCAUUCAUUUUCGACGAAAGCAAAAAGAGUGCGAAUGACGAGAACGCAUUAGCUAAAUUAGUUUUCAAUAGGUAACCUAACUAGGUCGUUUGCUAGCUGAAAUAUAACCAGACAUGGACGACAAGUCAUUCACUAAGGAAUUGGAUGGGUGGAUUGAGCAACUCGGCGAAUGCAAGCAGCUCUCGGAAAAUCAAGUCAAAGCCCUUUGCGAAAAGGCCAAAGAGAUCCUGACGAAGGAGUCUAACGUGCAGGAGGUGAGAUGUCCGGUCACCGUGUGCGGAGAUGUCCACGGCCAGUUCCAUGACUUGGUGGAGCUGUUUAAAAUCGGAGGGAAGUCUCCGGACACCAACUACCUCUUCAUGGGAGACUAUGUGGACAGGGGCUACUACUCUGUAGAGACAGUUAGCCUCCUAGUAUCUCUCAAGGUUCGGUACCGUGAGCGAAUCACAAUCCUUCGAGGGAACCACGAGAGCAGACAGAUCACCCAGGUGUACGGCUUCUACGACGAGUGUUUAAGGAAAUAUGGAAACGCCAACGUCUGGAAGUACUUCACAGACUUAUUUGAUUAUCUGCCCCUAACUGCACUGGUAGAUAACCAGAUCUUCUGUCUCCACGGUGGACUGUCCCCCUCAAUAGACACAUUGGAACACAUCAGAGCGCUGGAUCGCUUACAGGAAGUUCCUCAUGAGGGUCCGAUGUGUGACCUGCUGUGGUCAGACCCCGAUGACCGGGGCGGCUGGGGCAUCUCUCCCCGCGGUGCCGGCUACACCUUUGGACAAGACAUCUCGGAGACCUUCAACCAUGCGAACGGACUCACCCUGGUCUCCAGAGCUCACCAGCUGGUCAUGGAGGGUUAUAACUGGUGCCAUGACCGCAACGUGGUGACUAUCUUCAGUGCACCCAAUUACUGCUAUCGCUGUGGAAACCAGGCUGCCAUCAUGGAGCUGGAUGACACACUCAAGUACUCCUUCCUUCAGUUCGACCCCGCCCCUCGCAGAGGUGAACCCCAUGUGACCCGCCGCACUCCUGACUACUUCCUGUAAAAGAUCCCAAUGCCUGUGAAGUAUUGCUAUAGAUUCUUCUUAGUGAAGAUGUGGGAGAAGGGAGUAACCAACCAUCGGUAUAGAGUUGUGACAAAGUAAGCAUCCAUCAAUCCAUGGACCAAAAUGUGUGCCAUAAUUUCACAAUGCAAAAUGGGGGAAAAAAUGUCACAUUCAUCUUUAAAGAAGACCACACAACCGACACCCACCACAGUCCAUGGAACCAGUUCCUUCUCUCUCUGUGCAUGAUGUUGUAUUUAUCUCUGAAAAUGAUUCUUCAUUGUAAAGAUUACAGUGUACUAUAUAGUAAUAGGGUGCCAUUUUGGAAGCAGACAGUCUCAUAGUACCUGCUGGUUUUGUCAGGAAAAAGAUCUGCUUUGAAUGAAUUAAUCUGCUGAGAUUAAGGCUUAAAUGUAACCCUUGUGGUAGGAACAUAAUUAUAGUAUAGAAAAGUUUUGGUAAAUUUAACUCGGCAUGGCCUCAAACUGGAAGGUUGCAGUAAACAUGUUAUGUUGUGAACAUUUUUCUAACAGAAAUUCAAUGGCUUUUUUUUUGUGUGUGAAUUUUAAAUCAUUGUUUUCAAAGUUGGUUGGGCGCUGGAAGGAAUUGAAUUCUUCUUUCUCUUUGCACUUUUUGUAUUUAAUGUUUAUCAUGACACUGACAAACUACAGCAUUCUGUGGUACGCUGCACUCAUAGGAUUCAGACCCCUUGGCUUUUUCCACAUUUUGUUACGUUACAGCCUUAUUCUAAAAUGGAUUACAUACAUUUUCUUCCUCGUCAAUCUACACACAACACCACAUAAUGACAUUACAAUACCGCAUAAUGACAAAGUGAAGAGAAAAAAAUAAGACAUUUUUGCACACAAAAAAAUAAAAUUAUAACAAAUACCCUAUUUACGUAAGUAGUCAGACCCUUUGCUAUGAGGCUUGAAAUUGAGCUCAGGUGCAUCCUGUUUUCAUUUAACAUCCUUGAGAUGUUUCAACAACUUGGGAGUCCACCUGUGGUAAAUUCAAUUGAUUGGACAUGAUUUGGAAAGGCACACACCUGUCUAUAUAUGGUCCAACAGAUGACGUCGGAGCAAAAACCAAGCCAUAAGGUCGAAGGAAUUGUCCUAGAGCUCCAAGACAGGAUUGUGCCGAGGCACAAGUUUGGAACCACCAAGACUCUUCCUAGAGCUGGCGGCCUGGCCAAACUGAGCAAUCGGGGGAGAAGGGCCUUGGUCAGGGAGGUGACCAAGAACCCAAUGGUCACUCUGACAGAGCUCUAGAGUUCCUCUGUAAAGAUGGGAGCGCCUUCCAGAAGGACCACCUUCUCUGCAGCAGUCCACCAAUCAGGCAUUUAUGGUAGUGUUGCCGGACGGAAGCCAUUUCACAAUACAAGGCACAUGACGACUUUUCCAAAUGCACCUUAAGGUCUCUCAGACCAUGAGAAUCAAGGUUCUCUGGUCUGAUGAAACCAAGAUUGAACUCUUUGGCCUGAAUGCCAAGCGUCAUAUCUGGAGGAAAUCCAUUUUAAAAUAAGGCUGUAAUGUAACAAAAUGUGGGAAAAGUUAAGGGGUCUGAAAUACUUUCUGAAUGCACUGUAUAUUUCACCCCCAGCAAAUAGCUUUUCUGUCACUCACCUGUCCAUUCGUUGAGUAAAACCUAUUUCAGAUGAACAGAGGAACACCUGUACAAAAUGACAUCCCUUGUUUUAGAUAACUUUCUGUUUUGCAGCCUCCGCUAUAUAAUAAAGAUUGAAUUUGUUCCUUCA